UCCAGCAGCCUUCUACUCUCCUUCCCUCCCGAUCUCUCUCUCUCAAAACAAAGGUUACUUCCGAAAGUCAUCAUCUUUCUCAUCAAAUCGAGUCUCACUCCAGAAGAGUCGACCUAUCGAACCGACUCGGCCAUACCUCGUGAUUCGUACUGACUUGUUUGCUAAGAUUUUGCUUCGAUUCUGUGCUAGAUCGGUUCGUGUAUUUCCGCUAGUUUCUGUGAGAAUUUUCUUGAUCCGGUCCUUGCUGGCUUAGCUCCAACAGUUCCACUCUGGAGCUCAUUUUUCACCCAAAACUAGGGUUGAGGCUAAGUGCUGAGUUCUUUAAUUUGGGAGUUGAAUUUGCUUGAAACUUUGAUGCAAUGUGUAGUUCUUAAUCGUUUGAUUGGGAUUGGGAGAUAAAUGCGACGCCGUCCGGCGUCGAAUGUUCCCUCGGAGCAAAUGGAGAAGGGAGCGGGGAAGCAUAACAAUACCCGGAUUUGUUUCUUGGCGUCUUUGUCUGCGAUGUUUUGGAUUCUGUUGUUGUACUUUCAUUUUGUUGUGCUUGGAAGUAGUACUGUGAAUGAACCAGUGACAUUAGAACUCGAUCCUGUUAACGCCGAUUCGAUCCCUUACCAUGUGACCGAUGCCCAUCAAAGUGAAUCCCAUUUGAAAACUUCCCCAUAUCAUAAAAUUGAGAACCACUGGGAAUCGAUCCCUGACCAUGAAACUAAUGGUCCUCAAAUGAAGCCCAGUUUGACUUCUACACCCGGUCGCGUGGAGGAGAAUUACCCGUUUGUUAGAGCCUUGAGAACCGUGGAAAACAAGAGUGAUCCCUGUGGUGGGAGGUAUAUCUAUGUUCACGACCUUCCUUCCCGGUUUAAUGAGGAUAUGCUAAAGGAGUGUAGGAGUUUGAGCCUUUGGACGAAUAUGUGCAAGUUUACGACUAAUUCAGGGCUUGGUCCACCGCUUGAGAAUGUUGAAGGGGUAUUCUCUAAUACUGGCUGGUAUGCCACGAAUCAGUUUGCCGUUGAUGUGAUAUUCAAUAAUCGGAUGAAGCAGUAUGAGUGCUUGACACGUGACUCUUCUAUUGCUGCAGCAGUUUUUGUACCCUUUUAUGCAGGAUUUGAUAUUGCCCGCUAUCUUUGGGGAUAUAAUAUCUCGAGGAGGGAUGCAGCUUCGCUUGAUCUGGUUAAUUGGCUUAUGAAGAGGCCAGAAUGGGGCAUCAUGGGUGGCAGAGACCAUUUUCUUGUUGCGGGGAGGAUCACAUGGGAUUUUAGGAGACUAACGGAUGAAGAAUCCAAUUGGGGUAACAAGCUUCUGUUUUUGCCCGCUGCAAAGAAUAUGUCCAUGCUUGUGGUGGAAUCAAGCCCAUGGAAUGCUAAUGAUUUCGGUAUUCCGUAUCCAACAUACUUCCAUCCGGCAAAGGAUGCUGAUGUGUUCAUUUGGCAGGACCGGAUGAGGAAAUUGGAAAGGAAGUGGCUUUUCUCUUUUGCUGGUGCCCCACGUCCCGAUAAUCCCAAGUCAAUUAGAGGGCAGAUCAUUGAUCAAUGCAAGAAAUCCAAGGUGGGCAAGUUGUUAGAAUGUGAUUUUGGAGAGAGCAAGUGUCAUUCUCCAAGCAGUAUAAUGCAGAUGUUCCAAAGCUCCCUUUUCUGCCUGCAACCUCAGGGCGAUUCAUACACAAGAAGAUCUGCUUUUGACUCUAUGUUGGCUGGUUGCAUACCGGUCUUCUUCCAUCCAGGGUCAGCAUACACGCAGUAUACUUGGCAUCUUCCAAAGAACUAUACUAAGUAUUCUGUAUUCAUUCCAGAGGAUGAUAUCCGUAAGAGGAAUGUUAGCAUAGAGGAACGGCUGCUUCAAAUUUCUCCUGAGCAGGUGAAGAUCAUGAGGGAGGAGGUUAUAGGUCUCAUUCCUAGGUUGGUAUAUGCUGAUCCUCGCUCUAAACUGGAGACUCUUGAAGACGCCUUUGAUGUUGCUGUAGGAGCAAUUAUCGACAAAGUUACGAAGUUGAGGAGGGACACUAUUGAAGGUCGAACAGAUGAAAAUUUUAUUGAGGAGAACAGUUGGAAAUAUGCUUUAUUGGAUGAGGGGCAGCGUGAGGUGGGAGCUCAUGAAUGGGAUCCUUUCUUCUCAAAACCAAAGGAUGGCAGUGGGGAUUCUGGUGAUCCAUCUGCAGAAGCUGCUAAAAAUUCCUGGAAGAACGAGCGGAGAGAUCGAUCAUGACAGAGAGGUCAAUGAUACGUUGAUAUAAUUUCUGGUGAUGUCUAGAGUAUGGAGACCACAGCUUAGAAGAACACCGCCACCUUGAAUCUUGAAGGGUGCUGGUGUGAACCCUGGAAGAGUUUAUCAUCAAGUGUACCAACCCAUAUCCUUGUUCAAAGCUAAAAAUUAGACAUAGUCGAUGCUUCUUAUAUAUUUUUAUAGAGGUCGUUUUACUUUCUGCAUUUUUGAAUCAGUUUAUUGAUUCUUUGUAUGGUAGCUGAGGUUUUACCAUAUCGUCAACUUUAUGUUAUUUUCCAAUCAAAUGCAUACAGGAAAUAAAAAUGAAUGAUCAAUAA